CAGGCGGAGCAGGGCCGCCCGCGGCCACGCCGCUGUCGCGGUCGCGGGUACUUUCCUGGCUCUCCCGCCGCGGACGGAGGAGCGCUGGGGCUGAGUCUGCGGACCCCGCCGGGUGCAGGGCUCGUGGCCGGCUGGAGCUGGGAGCCGGGCGGCCGAGGAGCCAGGAAGGCAGUCGGUGGGAAGUCCAGCCUGGGUCCCUGAGAGCUGCAGGAAGGAGAUGUGGCUGCUGUUGGCCCUGUUGGGGGUCCUCCUGGUUGUACCUGGGGCUCCAGCCUUGUCCCUUGAGGCCUCUGAGGAAGUGGAGCUGGAGCCCUGCCUGGCUCCCAGCCUGGAACAGCAAGAGCAGGAGCUGACUGUGGCCCUUGGGCAGCCUGUGCGGCUGUGCUGUGGGCGGGCUGAGCGUGGUGGACACUGGUACAAGGAGGGCAGUCGCCUGGCACCUGCUGGCCGGGUACGGGGCUGGAGGGGCCGCCUGGAGAUUGCCAGCUUCCUACCUGAGGAUGCUGGCCACUACCUCUGCCUGGCACGAGGCUCCAUGAUUGUCCUGCACAACCUCACCUUGGUCGUAGAUGACUCCUUGACCUCCAGCAAUGAUGAUGAGGAUCCCAAAACCCAUGAUGGGCACACUUACCCCCAGCAAGCACCCUACUGGACACACCCCCAGCGCAUGGAGAAGAAACUACAUGCAGUGCCUGCCGGGAACACCGUCAAGUUCCGCUGUCCAGCUGCGGGUAACCCCGUGCCCACCAUCCGCUGGCUCAAAGAUGGACAGGCCUUUCAUGGAGAGAAUCGCAUUGGAGGCAUUCGGCUGCGCCACCAGCACUGGAGCCUGGUGAUGGAAAGCGUGGUGCCCUCGGACCGUGGCACGUACACCUGCCUCGUGGAGAACUCUCUGGGCAGCAUCCGCUACAGCUAUCUGCUGGAUGUGCUGGAGCGGUCCCCGCACCGGCCCAUCCUGCAAGCCGGGCUCCCAGCCAACACCACGGCCGUGGUGGGCAGCGACGUGGAGCUGCUGUGCAAGGUAUACAGCGACGCCCAGCCCCACAUCCAGUGGCUAAAGCACAUCGUCAUCAACGGCAGCAGCUUCGGCGCCGACGGCUUCCCCUACGUGCAGGUCCUGAAGACUGCAGACAUCAAUAGCUCAGAGGUGGAGGUCCUGUACCUGCGAAACGUGUCAGCGGAGGAUGCGGGCGAGUACACCUGCCUGGCAGGCAACUCCAUCGGCCUCUCCUACCAGUCAGCCUGGCUCACGGUGCUGCCAGAGGAGGACCUCGCGUGGACAGCUGCGGCGCCCGAGGCUCGGUACACGGAUAUCGUCCUGUACGCGUCGGGCUCCCUGGCUCUCGCUGUGCUGCUGCUGCUGGCCGGGCUGUCUCGAGGGCAGGCGCUCCACGGCCGGUACCCCCGCCAGCCUGCGGCUGUGCAGAAGUUGUCCCGCUUCCCUCUGGCCCGACAGUUCUCCCUGGAAUCAGGCUCCUCGGGUAAGUCAAGCUCCUCCCUGGUGCGAGGCGUCCGUCUCUCCUCCAGCGGCCCCCCCCUGCUCGCCGGCCUCGUGAGUCUGGACCUGCCGCUCGACCCGCUGUGGGAGUUCCCCCGGGACAGGCUGGUGCUUGGGAAGCCCCUAGGCGAGGGCUGCUUCGGGCAGGUCGUGUGCGCAGAGGCCUUCGGCAUGGACCCCGCCCGGCCCGACCAAGCCAGCACCGUGGCUGUCAAGAUGCUCAAGGAUAAUGCCUCCGACAAGGACUUGGCGGACCUAGUCUCUGAGAUGGAGGUGAUGAAGCUGAUCGGCCGACACAAGAACAUCAUCAACCUGCUGGGUGUCUGCACGCAGGAAGGGCCCCUGUACGUGAUCGUGGAGUGCGCUGCCAAGGGCAACCUGCGGGAGUUCCUGCGGGCCCGGCGCCCCCCCGGCCCGGACCUCAGCCCUGACGGACCUCGGAGCAGCGAGGGGCCGCUCUCCUUCCCGGCCCUGGUCUCCUGUGCCUAUCAGGUGGCCCGAGGCAUGCAGUAUCUGGAGUCACGGAAGUGCAUCCACCGGGACCUGGCUGCCCGAAACGUGCUGGUGACUGAGGACAACGUGAUGAAGAUCGCCGACUUCGGGCUGGCCCGAGGCGUCCACCACAUCGACUACUACAAGAAAACCAGCAACGGCCGCCUGCCCGUCAAGUGGAUGGCUCCUGAGGCCCUGUUUGACCGAGUGUACACACACCAGAGUGACGUGUGGUCUUUUGGGAUCCUGCUGUGGGAGAUCUUCACCCUCGGGGGCUCCCCGUAUCCUGGCAUCCCCGUGGAGGAGCUGUUCUCUCUGCUGCGGGAGGGACAUCGGAUGGACCGGCCGCCACACUGCCCCCCAGAGCUGUACGGGCUGAUGCGUGAGUGCUGGCAUGCUGCACCCUCUCAGAGACCCACUUUCAAGCAGCUGGUGGAGGCUCUGGACAAGGUCCUGCUGACUGUCUCUGAGGAGUACCUCGACCUCCGCCUCACCUUCGGCCCCUGCUCCCCUUCUGGUGGGGAUGCCAGCAGCACCUGCUCCUCCAGCGAUUCUGUCUUCAGCCACGACCCCUUGCCACUGGGGCCCAGCUCCUUCCCCUUCCCCAGGGUGCAGACAUGAGCAGGGGCAUGAGGUGGUGGGGGCAGGUAGGCUGGUGGCCUUGAGCCUCCUGGCUCAGCCACAACCUGGCACAGUGCUUGACCUUGGCAGCCCCAGGCCCCUGACCUCAGGGUGCUGUCCCAGAUCUCUGGUUCUGCUUUGAGGGGGUCCAUCCUUGGUCCUGGGCUUCCCAGUUAAGGCUUCUUGCCCUGGCCUUGGGUUCCUAACCCAGAGCGCAACCUUGAUCUCAAGGCCCUUCCCUCGCGCUUGCAGUUAUGGGGCCAUUGUCCAGAUGGCCUGGAUGUUAGGAUUCUGCUUGGCCUCCUGGGCCCUGGCCCUCGUCCCCAUCUUGGGGGUCUGGCCAGGCCUGGCUGCAGAGCUGCUAUCCUAAUUCUAAACCUCCAUGCUUCCCAACACCAGUUGAGAGGUUUUGGGCCUCUGAACCCCAUUUCCCCAAGCCUCCCCCUCGCUGCAGCUUGUCCCAGCAUCUUGGUGGAAGGAGCGUUGUCCCCUGUGUCCCAGAGAGGCUGGAAGCCUGCCCAAAACACGGGAGCA